ACCAAAAUACACCGGUAAUGUAGUUGAAUUCUCCGCCCUCUUUCUCUUUCGAUGCAUUCGAGAAAUCCAUUUCCAUAAAAAACACACAAACCUACGCUUUUCUUUUCUCCAUUUCUAAAAUCAUUCAUUUUUUCUUGAUUUGUUCUCAAAAAUGUCUCAUCUUCUUCAAUCCACCUUCAUCCCCACCACACCCACCACCCUCCGCCGCCGUUCUGUGUUUCCGACGACCCAUUUACGGAAAACCCAUGUUGUAGAAUCGAAGAUCCGUGAGAUUUUCAUGCCGGCACUUAGUUCUACUAUGACUGAAGGCAAGAUUAUCAGUUGGAUGAAAACUGAAGGUGAUAAACUAGCUAAAGGUGAAUCAGUUGUUGUUGUUGAAUCGGAUAAAGCUGAUAUGGAUGUUGAAUCUUUUUAUGAUGGGUAUCUUGCUAGUAUUAUUGUACCUGAAGGUAGUUCUGCACCUGUUGGUUCUCCAAUUGCUCUUCUUGCUGAAUCUGAAGAUGAAAUUUCACUUGCCAAAUCGAAAACUCCGACACCCACUUCUACUUCUACUCCGGCUGCUGCUGAAGCUGUAACCGAAGAGGUUUCUACGGUAGCAGCUGCGGUUACGGUUACGUCAUCUUCUGAUGCUGGACCGGUGAAAAUGGCGUCGUCUAUUCACCCGGCGUCUGAAGGGGGGAAGAGAGUGGUGGCUUCACCGUAUGCUAAGAAAUUGGCUAAGGAAUUGGGGUUGGAUUUGAGGGGAGUGGUGGGGAGUGGGCCUAAUGGGAGGAUUGUGGCAAAGGAUGUUGAAGCAGCGGCUGGUUCUGCUCCUAUUGGUGUUGCUGCAGCGGCAAAGCCAAGUGGUGGUGCACCAGCGGCUCCAGCAGUAGAAUUGGGGACGACUGUGCCAUUUACGACAAUGCAGAAUGCGGUGAGUCGAAAUAUGGUGGAGAGUUUGGCAGUUCCAACUUUUAGAGUGGGGUAUACUAUUACUACUAAUGCCCUUGAUGCUCUCUACAAGAAGGUCAAGUCGAAAGGAGUGACAAUGACAGCAUUGUUGGCAAAAGCGACAGCACUUGCAUUGGUGAAACAUCCUGUUGUGAACUCUAGUUGUAGAGAUGGGAAGAGUUUCACAUAUAACAGUAGUAUUAACAUUGCUGUUGCAGUAGCCAUAGAUGGUGGCUUGAUUACUCCUGUACUUCAGGAUGCUGACAAGGUUGAUUUAUACUCAUUGUCAAGGAAAUGGAAGGAGUUGGUUGAUAAGGCCCGGGCUAAGCAACUUCAACCCCAUGAAUACACCACAGGCACUUUUACUCUAUCCAACCUUGGGAUGUUUGGCGUUGACCGUUUUGAUGCCAUCUUACCACCAGGAACUGGUGCAAUCAUGGCUGUAGGAGCAUCUCAGCCCACACUUGUUGGCACCAAAGAUGGUCAAAUUGGCAUGAAAAAUCAAAUGCAGGUCAAUGUCACUGCUGAUCAUCGGGUAAUAUAUGGUGCUGAUUUGGCGGCUUUCCUGCAAACCUUAGCACAGAUAAUUGAGGAUCCUAAAGACCUUACUCUUUAGGCUCUUGUCCUCAUUGUGGGAGAUUAGAUGUUUUGUAGUGUAAUUUGUUCGAGUUUCAGCCAGGAGCUUCAUGGAGUGAACAGAAACCAUAUGCUAUAACAUCUGAAGCAUCAUCUUAGUCACAAUUCUGAAGAUGAAUGGAAAUGGAUGGUUAGGUCAUUUUUUCGCGUGGUUAAUCUUUUCUUUUUUUAAGUGUAAACUCAUGAGGACAUUUUUCAUGGCUGCCAUAAAUUAUGGCCUCAAAGAUGAGCUCUUUGUUGCUUCAUCAUUCAAAUAUUUGUUGCAAAACUUUCUAUUGAUUCUAUAUUUAUGAGUGUUCUGCAAUUUCAAUUCUAUCUGCAGUUCACUAUUGCCAUUACAAAAUUAGUUCUUUCCA